ACCGUGAGUGAAGUCUCAACACGAGUCAGAACCACACAGGAAGUCGCAUGACGUCGUCGCCGUGUGAUCGCCGAAGCAGACGAUUUGACUGUCACUGGAAGUGCGCGUGAGGCUCGAGCUGAUACAAGAGGACCGGCGACCCAGCCUGGCUGUUAGUGGCCAAGUCAAGCUGAACAACAUCCACUGGCCUGUGGAAAUGUGAAGAGCCAUGGCUAAUAAUACGAACACAUCUACACCACAGCAAAUCACAGGAACAACAGCUACAGAGAGCGGCAGUAGAGAUGAUCUUCGAGCGGCUGUCGUCACAGGAUUGUCAAUUCAUUCUAUCCUUAUCGUGGUUAUCUUCGUGCUUCUCAUCAUCAUCUUGAAAAAGUUGCAUAUGAUUCCUAGCUGGAGAGCAAGCAGACAGUUUUUCUUUUCUGUAUUUAACAGAAAAAAGAGUGGAAACCAUUCCCGUUCGUGUCCUCAUGAUAAUAAAGAACUUGAUUUCAAUGAACGGCAACAUCACAACUACCCGCAAGAUUACAACGAUGGACAGGAUUAUGAUGAUCGUCAGGAUUAUAACGAUCGCCAGGGUCAUAUGGAAAGUCAAGAAAAAUCUACAACUGAAGCUAUUUAUGGUAACUACUUAAAUGGCGGGGUUUUGAGCAGAAAUCAUCUCCAGCCUGAAGAUACAGCACCAGAUGGUCCAAACCUUGCUGGACCAUCCGACACUGCGACCAGUGACAACGACCACCGGUACUACAACUACGUCCCUCCAGACGGCUCGCCACGUGCCUCCGCUCAACACAGUCCCUCUCCAGAUCCUUUGUACUUCGUCCUCGAGCAUGAAACAGGAAGUGACGUCGAGAGGACAGCAGCUCAAGACGACCACCCCGAAGCCAAGUUGUACGGCAACAUCAAAGUCAAGCAGGCAAAGCACAACAAAAACAAAAACAAGAAGGUUAAUAAGCACUUGACUGCAGAGACGGAGCCGCAGUACGCCAAUUCUCAAAGUGCCGAUGGCGACCUCUCCAUGGGGCGAGUGGGCAAUGCGCAGCCGCAACAGUAUCACAGAAUCGUCUUUAACGGCAAGGAUCAGUCGGCGUUCGACGUCAGGGAGGCCGACGACGACACAUCAAAUGUUUACAGCAAGGUCCGCAGCAAAGCCCCGCACUCGCCGAUACCCGGCAGAAGCGCGAACGCACUGACAGAAGCACUUUGAUGGUGUAAGUGUCUACAGUCUACACUGUAAACCACAAGUGUUCCAUUGCUCCACACUUAUUACCGAAACUGUACAUGUCCUGAAAGUGUUUUAAGUGUUGAAAUUUAACAGGUAUAAGGACAGACAGAAGUCAAGGUUUCUAUAUUAGGAUUUACAUGUGAUUUUGUAUUUAUGUACCAUACCAGGACCUAAUUAGAGUAUAAUAUCUCAGGACACCAUGUUAUUGACAUAAUUAAACAUAAUCAUUAGGACAUUCAGGCUUGCAAAAGAUUUCCAUUUUGGCAACUGAAACGUGUUCACAACCCAAACACUGGGUCUUAGAGCUCACCAUGACCGGACGAACCUGUGGUCACAACAUAUUGAUGUUUCUAUCGUUAUUAUUAUUUUAUUAUUUUUAUUAUUAUUUUAUUCGUUUAAUUCUCUGGCCCGUUAAUAGGCGUAAAAAAUAUUGUGUGCAAGUACACAUCCACCUAUACACAAACACAUACACACAGUUCCCUCGGAUGACCAGUACAGGUCAAGGAGCUGAACAAAAAUGACUCAUUGACAUAUCAAAAUAAUUCUCUAUCUGCUUCAAGUUCUUAUCAAUCUUGCUAGUAAUGCCCUCUUUCUCUCUCUGCUCUGAGUAGUUAUUAACAUCGCUGCUUUUCAUCUAGAAGUCUCUGUUAGUACACUUUUUUCUUUGCCUUUUCUACCACAGAACAUAACAAGAUGUUAUCACAGCCGCUAAAUCAACACUUGUGACAGAAUAUGGGUUUGUUUUUCACUUACUACAAACGAAAGCAUUUAUUCUUUCGCAAGGCUUCUUGCAAGAAGUCGACAUUGAGGUUGCUUGGUCACUGAUAUUUGCUGUUUAUAUUUUAUGCCUGUUAUGGUCUGUACUAAUUUUAUUGUCACCAUUUGCUUGCACUUUCUUACCUUUUGUUUGUUUAUUGCUUGUGUAAGAAGACGAACUAUUUAAAACAGCGAAGGAAACUAUUUUAUUGUGAAUUAAAUUGACUUACUUUUCUUUUGACUUUAGUAUUACCUUUUGAUUUUUGCACUCUGACAAACUGUAAAAUAGUGACUGUAUGGUUUAACCUUUAUAAUCUUAAAAAAGUUCUGCAGAAUUUUCGAAAAUAGCUGUCAACAAGAAAUUGAUUGAUCUCUGGUUGAACCUUGUCAACGGACCCCACUCAGGUUGAAUGUAUACUAGAAAUAAGAUGAAGAAGUGAAUAAAAACAAAAGAAAUGAAUAGAUGAGUAUACAGACCGGCAGGCCUUUAUAGGACGAAAGGUAGAUAGACGGACGGACAAAGUGCCAGGGAGAGGUAGAAAGAAUAGGUCUUUCAUUUUCUUUGUACGUCCUCGCAAGGUAACCUUGUAAAGGAAAGAUAGUGACAGGCAAACAAAA